AUGGCAGCAGAAGGAGAGAAGAAGAGGUCGGGAGCGGAGGGGAUCUGGAAGGCGGGGAUCCUAAUGGUGCUGUCCGAGCUCGAGCUGGCCGUGUUCCUGGUGAUUGUGCAUUCCAUGCUGACCUCGGAGGGGGUCAAUUCCACCGUCUUCGUCGUCUACGAGCAGACCGUCGCCUCCCUGCUCCUCACUUCCCUCGCCUACUUCCUUGACAAGUGAGAAGAACCCCCUCAAAAAAUGGGGAAUCCCCUCCAGCGUGACCUCUUCUGACCCUUGUUCUUACGAUCUUGCAGACUGAAGAAGCCCUCCUUCUCCAUCCGAUUCGUUUGCUGGGCCUUCCUCCUCGGCUUUCUUGAGUAGGUACACACCUCUCUCUCUCUCUCUCUCUCUCUCUAGCUCAGAUCUGCUUACUAGGCGCCGUCUUCGUCUUCUCCAGGAUUACGUUAGGCCAGCUGUUGCUGACGGCUAGCCUCCGCUGCAUAACGGCGUCCUUCCAGUCCUCCCUGAGCAGCACACUCCCCGCCGUCAUCUUCCUCCUCGCGGUGGCUUCCGGGAGGGAGAGCUUCUCGAUCUGCCACGCCUCCGGCCAGGCCAAGCUUUGGGGGACCCUCCUCUCCGUCUCCGGCGCCACCGUGGUGGUUCUCUCCAAGGGCACCACCGCCGCCGCCGUUGGCGGCGCCGCCGCGUCGUCGCCGGCCUGCGCCGGCGGAUGGGUCGUCGGCUCCUUGAUGACGGCGGCGGCGGUCCUCGCCAUGGCCCUCUUCAGCCUCCUCCUGGUACGUUCAGCACGACGUGGCACGAGUGGAGCCUCUACCGUUUACUACGGGAUCCGUUGAUGUUUCGUCUGAUUGCAGGAAGUGGUAGCUAAGGAGUACUCGGCGGACAUGACCCUGUCGGCGAUGAUGACCGUCUUUGGAACGCUCCAGAUCGCCGCCUACGCCGCCGUCACGGAGAGAAGCCCAUCGGCAUGGCGGCUCAACUGGAGGGGCAGCUACCAGCUCCUCGGCGUGCUCUACGGGGUAGUAGUUGACCCAGCUACAAGUCAACCCAACGGGAAUACCGGUUGGUAACAUAACUGCUUCUCUUCUCUGCAGGGAAUUUUUGUGACGGGGAUUUUCUACUACGUGUACACGUGGUGCAUCCGCAAGGCGGGUCCAGUAUUCGUCGGAUCCUUCUCCCCGCUGUUGGUUGUCUUCUCCCUGGUCUUGGAGAUGGUCUUCUUCGGCGCCACCGUCCGCCGCUGGAGGUUAGUUAAUCAAACAUUUCUGCAGAAGCUGCUCUCCUCUCUUUUGCGCCGCCAUCUCCUCAUCUUCUCCGUCGCCGGCAGCCUGGUGGGCACGGCGAUGGUGGUGGCGGGGAUGUACCUUCUCCUCUGGGCGAAGGCCAAGGACAAUUCAGCGUUGACCGCCGAUGGAAGCUCCGCCAUGGAAGCCCUCCUCCUCGAGGAGGCCCAGCAAUCUCCCUGCUCUGCAGCCUCUUAG